AUGAGCCGCGAGAAACAAAGCAUUAAUCUCUCAGAAACUACACAAGCUGUGGCUAAUCCGCCACCACGCAAACGCAGAAGACAUAAAUCGAAGGAAACUGAUUAUACAGGACAUAACCCAAUUAUGACU